UAGCUAGCGCAUAUCUUGAGGAUUCCAAGUGGCUAGCCAGCUAGCUGAGGCUAGCAUUUCUCCUCAUAAAACUGGGUCGACAACAAGCUGUUGUUCAGACUAAUUUCAGGGGAUCAUGCCACUCAUAUUCUGAGUCAGGCGUUUGGGGUGACUGAACGAUUGGCAGCCGCCGUGCUAUAAAGAAACGGAAGCGUUUUAAAACAGCGAAAAUACCGGCUUUGACGGCCAAGGAGUGUAGCUGGCUAGCGGGAGCUGCUAGCAGUGCUGUGGGAGCUACUGGCUAGGCAACCAUUACUGAGAAAGCGGCUUUAGACCGGCUGUCGAGGUACCUGUAUCAGUCACUUGCCAUUAUAGAACAAGGGAAAGCGUGGUCGGAGGCCUAUGAGGAAGCCACGCCGAAGAGGCCAGCCGGCUGGAGGUGCAGCUGGUGGCAGAAAGUCUGAUGUGGUGGUCAGUGGGCGUGGGGGUGCCCGCCAGCGCUCCCCAUCUCCUUAUAGCCUCAAAGCAUCUCCUAGCAGAGAGACGCUGACCUAUGCCCAGGCCCAGAAAGUGGUGGAGGUGGACCUGGAUGGCAGGCUCCACCGCAUCUCCAUCCUGGAACCCUUGGUGGUCAUUACUGAAGAUGAGAUGAUGGCGCAGGAUAUUGCCGAAUGUAACAGCAACAAGGAGAACAGCGAGCAGCCAUCCCCUGCCGCCAGCAGCGUCCACCCAGUACGCAAACCCUCCACGCCUCGAGGCCGCAGGAAAGAAUCCAAAUAUUCCUCUGGAAGAUCGCCCCCAUCAUCCCAGAACCACUGCCCCAAUUCUCAUUCACAAACACCGGACAAGCUAAACUCAUCACACCAUCACCACAUGAACCUUCCUGAGCCUAAGUUUCGUGUGCUUGAGACUUUCAAGCCUGUUGAGGCGCCUCCUCUGCCCACGGCCUAUUACCGUUACAUUGAACGCUCAGCAGAGGAACAGGAAGGCGAGGCGGAAUAUGACAUGGAUGAAGAGGACACUGCCUGGCUGGAGAUGGUCAACACUGGCCGGACAUCAGAGGGUCACUCGGCUGUCUCGGCGGACACCUUUGAGCUGCUGGUAGACCGACUGGAGGAGGAGGCAUACAGGGAGGCCCGCAGCCGUGCGCCCUCUCAGAGCGCUAUCGAUGACGAUGCCUUCUGCUGUGUGUGCCUAGAUGACGAGUGCCUCAACAGCAACGUCAUCCUCUUCUGUGACUCCUGCAACCUGGCUGUGCACCAGGAGUGUUAUGGAGUGCCCUACAUCCCUGAGGGCCAGUGGCUGUGCCGCUGCUGCCUUCAGUCUCCUCAGAAACCUGUCGACUGCGUGCUCUGUCCAAACCGCGGCGGUGCCUUCAAACAGACAAGUGACGGGCGCUGGGCCCAUGUAGUCUGUGCUAUCUGGAUCCCAGAGGUCUGCUUUGCGAACACAGUCUUUCUAGAGCCAGUGGAGGGAGUCUCAAACAUCCCCUCUGCCCGCUGGAAGCUGACCUGCUACCUAUGCAAGCAGAAGAGUCGUGGUGCAUCCAUCCAAUGCCACAAAGCCAACUGUUACACCGCUUUCCAUGUGACUUGCGCCCAGCGUGCUGGCCUCUUCAUGAAGAUCGACCCUGUCAGAGAGACAAACAUCAAUGGGACUACGUUCUCUGUUAAGAAGACAGCGUUCUGCGAGGCCCACUCACCGCCAGGCCAAGACACUAUCUCAGAUGAGGAGGAGAGUGGAGGAAGAGUGGUGGGCAGCAGGGGCAGGGCUAGUAGAGGACGCAGUGCCUACACUGAGGGUCCAGCAAUGCUAAAACAAGGCAAGAAGCGUGACAGUGAUGCCAAGCAGGGUAAAAAGAAAGGGAAGAAGAGCACGGAGGCAGCAUCACGACGCACUGCUUCACCACUUGUCACAGUGCCUCAGAUACCUACACACAGGCUGAACACCAUCUGCAAAGGAAUCCUUUUCCAGAAGAAAAACCAGUUCAUGCAGAGGCUUCACAACUACUGGUUACUGAAGCGACAGUCAAGGAACGGUGUGCCGCUGGUCCGGCGUUUGCACUCUAACGUCCAAUCCCAAAGGAAUGCAGAACAGCCUGAGGUGGAUGAGAAGGUGUCUGCAGCAAGAGAAGCACUGAGGUAUUGGCAGAAGCUUCGGCAUGACCUCGAAAGAGCCAGGCUUUUGGUGGAGCUCAUUCGCAAAAGGGAGAAACUUAAACGAGAGCAGGUCAAAGUUCACCAGGCAGCUCUAGAGAUGCAGUUGACCCCAUUGUUGGUGCUGCUUCGAUCCACACUUGAUCAACUGCAGGAGAAAGACACAGCCCAGAUCUUUGCACAGCCAGUCAAUAUCAAGGAGGUCCCAGACUACCUGGAGUUCAUCAGCCAGCCUAUGGACUUUUCCACCAUGCGCUCAAAGUUGGAAGCUCAUGCCUACCGCUCCUUAUCUGACCUGGAGGCUGACUUCAACCUGAUGGUGGCCAACUGCCUUCUCUACAAUGCCAAGGACACAAUCUUCCACCGGGCGGCAUUGCGCCUCCGUGACUUGGGGGGAGCCAUCCUGCGACACGCACAACGGCAAGCCACCAACACUGGCCUGGAUGUCGAUACUGGCAUGCACCUUCUCGAGUCGCCGCAGAAACGCGACUUUUAUAGCUGCACGUGGGAAGAUGUUGACAGUGUGCUGGAUCCAGACAACCGCCUUCACAUGACGGUCGAGGAGCAGCUGAAGGAGCUGCUGGACAAGCUGGACUUUGUCACCUCCAUGCGAUGCAGCGGCGCUCGAACCCGACGCAUCCGCCUGCUUCGCCGUGAGAUCAACAACGUCCGCUACCGGCAGGGCCAGCACCCCCGCCACGUCCUCCACAACGGACACCUCAAGGAAGACGACGACGACGGUGACGACGAGGAAGACGACGAGAAAGACACAGAGGUGGACAAUCGCCUGUCGUCUUCUGAUAAAGAUGAUCUUAAAUCCACUUCGCCCCCGACACUGGAGCCUACUGGCCCGGCUCCUCCUCCUCGACAGGGGGAUGCACCACUGGAGCCCCCCACCCUGAGGCCAAUAACCGGGGAGCCCCGGUCCCCGAGCUGGCCCUGCAAGCACCUGAAAUUAGACAGCGAACUCUCCGACGGCGCCACAGGGAACAUUAAUUGCACUAAAACAGAGGAGCGGCCAGCUACACCGCCUCCCAGUUUGCACAGGGGAGGGCUGGUGGUGACUAAUGGUCUGCCGGAGAUCACCACGCCUCCACGGCCCACCACAGGGGGAGUUGGCCGACGCACCUCUGUGUUGUUCAAAAAGGCAAAAAAUGGAGCAAAGCUCUUCAGAGAGAGAGACAAUCCUUUGCUUAAUGGGAAAGGGCCACAGGAGGACAGUACAGGCAGCACCCCUCUGUCACCCAACUCCACAGCCAGCACCCCGUCCUCCUCACCCUUCUCUACUCCAUCCAAGACCCCACAAAAAAUCCCUGGCCCCCCCACCCUCACCACACCUCACCAUUGGACACCCAGUCGAGAUGUCUGCUCAGACAGCGAGCCGGAGAAGACACCAAAGCAUACACUGGAAAGUGGACUGACCAAUGGGUUCAGCAAGCACAAAGACUCUGGGUCCGACUUGGCGUACAGCACCUGCCCAGUCCUCCAUAAAGAAAUCAGCUCACCGCCCAAACGAAGCCUGGGGAAACCAGCUCUGUCCAAAGUUCCUUUCCUCGAGAUGGUUAAUGGAGACUCCGAUUACACUGGCAACAGCAGCCAAAUGUCUGAGGAUGAGACGGAGCUGGAGCCUCUAGAUCUGGUGUGGGCCAAGUGUCGGGGAUAUCCCUCCUAUCCUGCACUGAUCAUCGACCCAGAGAUGCCUGAGGAGGGCCUGUUGCACAACGGGGUUCCCAUCCCCGUCCCACCCAAAGAUGUCCUCCGUCUGGGGGAGCAGAGGCAGGAGGAGGCUGGCGAGAGGCUCUACCUGGUGCUCUUCUUCGACAACAAGCGGACAUGGCAGUGGCUCCCACGGGACAAGGUGACACCCUUGGGCGUAGAUGACACGGCCGACAAGCUGCGCAUGAUGGAGGGCCGCAAGACCAGCAUCCGCAAGUCUGUCCAGGUGGCUUACGACCGGGCCAUGAUCCACCAGAGCAGAGUCAGCCACGACCACGGCUUCAUGACCUCCAAUUACCUGUAGAGGGCGAUAGGCCGCCCCACUGCACCUAGAGCUACCCACUAUGCAUCUCUUCUUGGUCUUAAUUCAGUGGGUGGACGUUGAAGAGUCCGACUGCAAGUAUCAGUUGCAUGACUGGGUGCUGGACUAUAGUUCUUUACUAAACCACUAGUGUCUCGCACAAAGAGCAGUGGUAAAUGCCUUCGUGUCAUUUGUUUUAUAGAUGUGGAGCUCCGGAAACGAAAGAAGUCGUAGGUCCCACGCUGAUGUGGUCAGUAAGCAUCGAUGCCCUGUGAAGGCUUUUUAUUUAAUUUUUUAAAUUUUAAUUUUUAUUUUUGGAUGAGGUUUAUGCUUACUCCACAUCAUGUGUCGGUGCAGUUUGGCUGGAUCAAAUGUAAAAGAAUUCCCCUCUAUUUUGUAUAAUGCUACUGCCAAGGAAUCAAAAUGUCAGAAAAAGAGAUUUCACAUAUUUAUAUGAACCAUGGAAGACGUAUGAAUGGAUCACUGCCAUCUUUUAUACAAUAGCUUUUUACAUUUUAAUCUUUUACAGAAAACACUUGUAUAUUGUAAAGGCACACUUUGUGUACAUAUGUAUGUGUAUUAUCAUACCCAGUCUAAUUUAAUGUUGCUGUUUAAAAAUGCGUAUUUCAAUCAGCCCGCAAGGGGUAAACAGAGGCUAUGUAUAUUUGUGGAGGAAAACAUAAUUCCUGACUUGCUGCAGAGUGUAUUUAGCUUGUCUUUGAUGUAAUUUCAUUGUGCUGGGUGUGUGCGUGUGCGUGUGUGUGUGUGUGUGUGAGAGAGAGCGUGAGAGAGCUUGUGUAUGUGUGCACAGUCGGCACACAACACAAUGACCCAUUCUUUAUAUUUGAAUUCUCUUUUUGAUACAGAGAAAAAUAAUUUAUUUAUGGAAGACAGAACUAUAGAAAUAAAGCUAUAUUGGUUGAAGUUGAGAAUGAAAUCUGUUAUUUAAAACGAAUGGAAUAAGGUUUUAGAAACAUGCAGCCAACAUUUUAGACAUAUUGAGGUGUUUAUACUGAUGUUGGCAAGCUUUUAGUCCUGACCAGCGCCAUCAUUCACUAUAAACCCCAAGAAUAUUCUAUUUAUUAUGGAUUGUUCCUUGGAGCCCUGGUUUAUGAGUCAAAUGGACAAGUACACCUUUAUAAGCUUGUACAAACUGCAGAUUUUUCCUACUCGCCAGAUACUUUGUCUGAAUAAGUAUUUUCUCAUAUGGGGAAAUAAAUGCUCUAUUAAAAACCUUUUGAGAUUCCUUAA